GUUUUUCGUGAUGCGCCAGCUGUCGCUCUUUCUUCCCAUCCGUCAGGCAAGAGCAUUCACGUCAAGACGUGCCGAGCACUUCCUUCCCGUUCCACCAUUCGAUGGCAUCUGCAAGAGGGGCGCCCAGGUUUCCACACACGGUCGCGUCAAGCACCAUAAUGGUCCUCUGACGUCAGGAUGGACCAACGGCAGCGGAUAUCUAUGCACCAAGAUCAACGCCAAAAGUUACCUCGUGCAUCGGCUCGUUGCGGAAACCUUCCUUGCCCAGCAGAAGGAAGAUCUGCAGCGUCGCACGGAGUCCGCACACGCACUGCAGGUGGAUCACAUCGACGGCAACAAAAAGAACAACGCCGUCGACAACUUGCAGUGGUGAUCGCAAGACAGAUGCAUCGGAUUUCACGUGGAUUGUUGUUGCUGUUCGUUGCUGUUGGCUGCCUGUAGGCUCGAUACGAAGCAGCAUCGCGAGAAGACUGCCAGGGAGAUAGCUCGUCCCAAGCCCCUCUUUGCCUCGUCAAGGCCUGUCGUCGCUAGGUGUCGCCACACAGGGAGGAUCACAUCCUUCCAGCAGGCGGCCAUCGCCGCGCGACACUUCCAAGUCCACAGCCUUACCAUGUUCAAGACCUUGAUUGGCCGCUACCGCCCUUCCUUCCUCAGAGACUACACAUUGACGUAUGCGGCCCAUCGCAAUCGGGACGGCGAGCGCUUCAGGACCAUCAGCUUUGUCAAAGAGGCAUACCACAGCCUCCCACCCUCUCAGAGGCCGUCGCGCCUCCCCAAAGUCUCCAAUCAAGGCAAGUCGACAUCAAGACCAUCCAGACAGGCAGACAGGCAGGCUUGGUUGUGACGUGCAGGCCGCGUUCGUCAUGUGAAUGGGCACGUGACGGAGGGCACGUACCUGUCCACAGGCUAUCGUCGUGUCACGUUGAGGGGGCGCAAUUUCCUCGUGCAUCGGCUGGUGGCAGAAGUGUGGCUUGCAGACGAGAAGGCCAAAUGGCUGGAGAAGGGGUGCACAGAGGAUGAGCUAGAAGUGGACCACAUUGACGGGCGGAGGGAUAACAAUUGCAGUCAGAACCUAAGAUGGCUGCCAAAAAAGCAGCACCAAAGCAUGACGGCGAGACGCACAUGGGAGAGGAGGAAAGGGGGUAGAUCGACGGGGCAGGGGAUGUAG